CUGAGGGGCCUGAGGCGACAGAUUCCGGAAAGGGGUCGAGCAGCCAACAUGGCGGCGGAGCGCGGCGCGGGGCAGCAACAGUCGCAAGAGAUGAUGGAAGUUGACAGGAGGGUCGAAUCCGAAGAGUCGGGCGAUGAGGAAGGAAAGAAGCAUAGCAGUGGCAUCGUGGCCGACCUCAGCGAGCAGAGCCUGAAGGAUGGCGAGGAGCGGGGCGGAGAGGACCCAGAAGGAGAGCACGAGCUGCCUGUGGACAUGGAGACCAUUAACCUAGACCACGAUGCAGAGGAUGUUGACCUGAAUCACUACCGCAUUGGGAAAAUUGAAGGAUUCGAGGUGCUGAAGAAAGUGAAGACUCUCUGCCUCCGUCAGAACUUAAUCAAAUGCAUUGAGAACCUAGAGGAGCUGCAGAGCCUCCGAGAGCUGGAUCUCUAUGACAACCAGAUCAAGAAGAUCGAAAACCUGGAGGCGCUGACGGAGCUGGAGGUUCUAGAUAUUUCUUUUAAUCUACUAAGGACCAUCGAAGGGGUCGACAAGCUGACACGACUGAAGAAACUCUUCUUGGUCAACAAUAAAAUCAAUAAAAUUGAGAACAUAAGCAGCUUACAUCAGCUACAGAUGCUGGAGCUGGGGUCCAACCGCAUCCGGGCGAUUGAGAACAUCGACUCACUAAGCAACCUGGAGAGUCUGUUUCUGGGGAAGAACAAAAUCACGAAACUCCAGAACCUGGACGCGCUCACCAACCUGACGGUGCUCAGUAUGCAGAGCAACCGGCUGACCAAGAUCGAGGGUCUGCAGAGCCUGGUGAACCUGCGGGAGCUGUACCUCAGCCACAACGGCAUCGAGGUCAUCGAGGGCCUGGAGAACAAUAACAAACUCACGAUGUUGGACAUUGCAUCAAAUAGAAUAAAAAAGAUUGAAAAUAUCAGCCACCUAACAGAGCUACAGGAAUUCUGGGACUGUGGCACGUGUAUCUCCGUGUGAUGCUAUGAACUGAAUAUUCUCGAUGCAUUCAGUCUGAUUCAAGAUUCUUGCUAAGUCGAAGGCACUGUUCUUCCUUGUCUAGCUGUGCUGCUGAUUCUGCCUUUAUCCUGUGUGUUUUCCUUUGUUCACCUUAAAAACCUGUCCAAGUUUCCCUAACACAAGCGGCCUGCUGAGCAAAUGUCCCUUGCCCCUUUUUGAUAGCAGUAGGUCCAGUCAUGUCAUGACGUAGCACCAAAGCAUGUCCGGGAAGACUAGAACCAGAAUUUGGCAGCCGGUAAAGAUGCCUCAGGCCAGACAGAACCCCAUGAGCCCACGUGGGUCUAUAUGCAGCCCAGACCUGAAGAAAGGUGUGGCUGGUGGUUGGGUCAGAGUGUAAGGAGUUGGAUCCAAAGAAGCCAGGGAACCACAGAGAAAAUCACACAACAGAAAUAAGAAGUCCAGAAUAGAACACCAGGGUAAUUGGGAAAAAGGUUCCUGGCAGAAAUUUUAAGGAGCAGCUUUGGGGUGCAAGUUGAUACUGAAGCAUUGUUUUUGAAACUUACAGUUUCUUUCGUUUGCCCUACCAAAGCACAGAACAUGAGGUAUCAAGUGCUAAGACCACAGGCAGGAGCCAGUGUAGAGGGCAGGCUGAGGAAACGAGACCUUUAAGACCAUGCAGAAAUGCGUGGCUGCUCUGUGAGCUACUCUAGCAAUGGCUGCUGAGAGCGCGUACACAGGAAAGCGCUGUCUGCCUAUUACCGUUGUCUUCCUGCCAUCGGUACCCGAUGCUGCUGGGCACUAGGAAGCUACAUGUGUUUGUCAGAUUUUGCCCCAAAAAGAUGAGAGAAAUUACAUGGCGCCAGUCGUUUUCACAUCUUCAGAUGAUGUACAUCCAACAGCUGGCUUUGCGUUCCAUUUCCUCUGCCCCCAUUCUCUUUGCGUUCCAUUUUCCCCUUCCCCCAUUUUCUGCCCUUUGAAAGAAUAAACCUGAGGC